UUAAGAGCAUUAGUAGACACGCCUAAUAGAUUUGCAACAAGCACGAGUUAGUACGACCCCGUAUAAAACCCGUGUCUCACUGUUAGAAAGGCAGUACCCCGGGGGAGAUCGUCAGGGACUGUCCCUGCCAGCGUGCCAGACCUGUAUGUGAGGAAUAAAGAAGUCAAGUAACACCAACGCUGGAUACUGUGUUUCGUCUUGCUACCAGUCACCUCAGAAAACAGUCACCAACCACGGUAACAUUUAAUAUCCCAGAAGACAACACUCAUCGUAUAUGAUAAUCAUACUAGUAGGAAAAUGACGCAAGUUACCCUACUCAAGCAAGGCCUGGAUAAACAGCCAUUGUGUUUGAGAAAGCCUAUCGAAUACCCACAGCUGACUGGCUCCGAUCAUUGGAAGCGCAAGAUGCGCACCAUAUUUAGGGCCUUCGACGUAGACGGUGAUGGUUGCUUGACAGAAGAUGAUAUGGAGGCGGUCGUUAGACGCACUGCAGAGUAUAUGAAUCUUGAUGACGAAAACACCAACAUUCUUCUGAACCAACGCCUUACAUACUUGAGAGAUGUGAGUUCUAAAGAUUCGACAGGAGAAAUUAAAGGAAAAUUAUCCGAGGAUGAGUUCGUGCAAAAUCACCUCGCCAACAUGAAUGAAAGCAAGUUCCGAAAUAUAUGGUUUGAUGUGCUUUCUUCAAGAUUUCAAAUGAUGGAUACUGAUGGAGACGGACUUGUGUCUUCAGAUGAAUAUGCCUCUCUUUUCUAUAGUUUCAACAUCCGUUCUGAGCAUUCAGAUAAAAUAUUUGACAUCAUAGACACUGACAAUGACGGUUUCAUCUCCAAGGACGACUUCGUUCAAGCACUCACUGAAUUCUGGCUUAGCGAAAAUCCUGACAACAAAUACAAUGAAUGCUUUGGUCCCCUCGUUGACGUUACAAAUUGACAUGGUGUUUUCCA